AUGGAAGGUUUUAUCUGUACUCAACACUGGAAAAGGUACGUGUCGGCAAUUCUUCUUUUUGCUGCCUUUUUAAAUUCCACGUCAGCUGUCACACACUAUUCCGUUCCCGAGGAACUCGAGGAAGGUUCUGUCGUCGCAAAUUUAGUUGAAGAUUUGGGUCUGGAUGUAAAGACGCUAGUCGAACGGAAAAUGCGCAUAGAGAUCAUUGCCAACAGGAAAUAUCUGGACGUGAACAAAGAAACGGGGGAGCUGUACAUUGUUGAACGAAUUGACAGAGAGUCUCUCUGUCCCGCCAAGACAUCCUGUUAUCUUAAAAUGGAAGCAAUAAUCGAAAAUCCCAAAAGAAUAUUUUACAUCGAAUUAGAGAUAAUGGACAUAAAUGACAACGCACCUCAUUUUAGAAGAGACACCAUAGAUUUAGAUAUUUCAGAAGCUACGCAGCCUGGUGAGCGCUUUUCUGUGAGCAACGCAGUUGACCCUGACGUUGGAUCAAACUCUGUGAAAACAUACCGCUUGAGCGAAAGUGAUUAUUUCACAACGGAGAUUCAAACGGGAAGAGACGGAUCAAAAUUUGCUGAUUUGAUCCUGAAAAAAAAAUUAGACCGAGAGCAGCAGGCUGUUCAUUAUUUAGUACUCACAGCUGUAGAUGGCGGUACGCCGUCUCGUUCUGGUACUGCCAGCAUUAUUGUUCAUGUUUUAGACACAAAUGACAACGCCCCUACAUUUAAUGAAGAGAGCUACCACAUCAAUGUAAUGGAAAAUUCUCCCAUUGGAAGUGUUGUUAUUCAUCUGAAUGCGACAGAUUCAGAUGAAGGUUCAAACUCCGAGUUAAUAUACUCAUAUAGUCUCUAUACAUCGGAGAAAACGCAAGAAACGUUUAAUUUAAACCCAAAUACAGGGGAAAUUACUGUAAAAGGCGUGUUAAAUUAUGAAGAUGUGAGGAUAUAUGACAUGGAAGUGAUAGCAACUGAUAAAGGAGCCAGUUCUUUAUCAGGACAAUGUAAACUGAAAAUUCUAGUGGAGGAUAUGAAUGAUAAUCACCCACAAAUUUCGAUAAAAUCAUUUCAGAGUCCAGUCAAUGAAAACAUAGCAUUGGACACAGUGAUAGCUGUAGUUAGUGUGAGUGAUAAGGACUCAGGUGAUAAUGGAGUGGUUGAUCUUCAUAUUCCAGAUAAUAUGCCUUUCAAACUUAGAGAAUCCUCUGAUAACUAUUAUGAAUUAGUGGUGUCAGAGCCAUUAGACCGUGAGAAGGUUCCAGAAUAUGACGUGACCUUCACUGUGACAGACAGAGGUUCUCCUCCUUUAUCUGACAAUGAAACUAUGACUUUAGAGCUGCUGGAUGUUAAUGACAAUGUUCCACAGUUCCCUCAGUCAUUUUAUACUAUACGUGUGAUGGAGAAUAACGCACCUGGGGCCUUGCUGAGUUCACUCACUGCCUUUGACCCUGACCUCCAUGAAAACCAGUAUCUAGUUUAUUUCAUCCUAGAGAAGGAGAUAGCCAACACCUCCAUGUCCAUGCUGUUCUCCAUCAAUCCAGAGAACGGUAAUCUUUACGCUCUAAAAACUUUUGACUAUGAGAUCGAGAAGGAGUUUCUCUUCCACAUCGAGGCCAGAGACUCUGGCUCUCCUCCACUCAGCAGUAACGUGACCGUGCACAUCGUUAUUGUGGACCAGAACGACAACGCUCCGGUUAUUGUCUCUCCGUGGCGCGCACACGGCUCAGUGGUGGAGGAAAAGAUCCCCAGAUCUACCGAUAAAGGCUCUCUGGUUGCCAAGGUGAUAGCAUUAGACACAGACUCUGUGCACAACUCUCGGAUCACCUACCAGUUUCUACAGGUGACUGACGCCACCUUGUUCAGUCUGGACCAGUACAACGGAGAGAUCCGGACUAUGAGGAUGUUCAGUUACAGAGAUCCGCGCCACCAGAGACUGGUUGUUGUUGCUAAGGACAACGGGGAGCCUGCUCUGUCUGCUACAGUCACCAUCAAGCUGUCCACAGUGGAGACUGCUGUUAAGGCCUACUCUGACAUGACGGAGGUGCCUCUAGAGUAUGACAUCUUCUCAGAUCUAAACCUGUAUUUGGUGAUCGGCCUGGGCUCGGUGUCAUUUCUCCUGCUCAUCACCAUACUGGUCACCAUCGUGCUCAAGUGCCAGAAACCCAAAGCCAGCAAAGCGGCUCCUCCCUGCAGGAACAGUGUGAUUAGUGAGAGGAACUCCACCAUCGCAGAUUCCACUCUGGUGUCCAACGAUGCCUACUGGUACAGUCUGUUUCUAGCAGAGACCAGGAAAGGAAAGCUGGUGGUCAGACAGCCUGUGCCAAAGGGCUCCAGGUACAUCGUGUCCAGUAUACCAAGAGGUACAGGACUGACAGAGACUAGUGACUCAGCAGCUUCCACUCUGCAGGUAUGGAAAAAGAACACUUAA